AAUAUACAAACUAACUAAGCUUUUACAUUUGAAAAGAUGUCACUAACAUCGACAUCGUAUAAAAUUUCGUGAAUCAAAGUUCCCACUCCUUCACUGUUUACCAAGAUGGAUUCCAUGUGGCCGGAAGUUGAGAAAGCCAGUAAAGAAAAGCGUCAUGAACUGGUUCUUAGCGGUGCUAAUGUAUCAGAAAGGAUUCGAACGGAUGAAUUAGACAAGAAUGUAUUCAAUCUAACUCCUAUUAACUUUUUAGAAAUUAGUAAAACCUGUUUAGAAUCGCUUCCGAAUCUGCUCGGAAAUCUGGUGAAUUUGACAAGUUUGGUAUUGCACAACAAUAAGCUGAAAAGCCUUCCUACCGAGAUAUCACAGCUGUCUAAAUUGCAUUUGCUAGAUGCCUCAACUAAUGAAAUUGAAAGUUUACCUGAAGAGUUUAACGAAUUGACCAAUCUUCACACUUUAAAUCUCAAUUGUAACAAGUUGACGACUCUGCCAAACUUCAAGGAGAUGGUCAACUUACAUGUUGUUAUGAUGUCACAUAACAAUCUAACAAGUUUCCCUGAGGGCCUGUCUGAUGAAGCACUUAUCCAUCUAAAUACGAUAAAUCUAGGAUCUAAUGAAAUAGGUGAAAUCCCAGAUGAUCUAUCAAAUCUUCCGUCAUUGAAAUCAAUCGACCUGUCUGAAAAUAAAUUUGACGCUAUACCACCAGAAAUGAGUCAGUGCACUCGAAUUAAAGAAUUCAACUUUAAAGGGAACAAGCUCAAAGAUCGUAGGCUUAAGAAACUAGUUGAACAAGGCUGUAAACCAAAGGCAUUCUUAGACUACCUUGGUACAAUCUUAGCUAAACAAAAACCUGCUGAAAAGUCAAGUAAAAAGAAGAAAGGAAAAAAGGUGGCUGAAAAAGAUGAAGGUGAAGUUGAGAAACUUGUCAAUGAGAUGGAAGUUCUUAGACUGAUGAGUGACGAUUUGAUGACAGUGCAGAUGACGGAAGCUGUUGCGAAUGUUAGGCCAUACAUUGUGUGCUGUAUUGUUAGGAAUCUGAACUUCCAGAAGACACUAAACAUGUUCAAGCACUUCAUUACAUUACAGACCAAGCUGCAUGACACUAUAUGUGAGAAGAGAGUAGCAGCUACUAUUGCAACUCACGAUUUGGCAGCUGUCAAAGUACCUCUUAAGUAUGAUGCCCUUCCUCCUCAGGACAUUAAGAUUCAUCCAUUGUUUGGGCGUCAGGAAGUGUCAGCUGAUGAACUGGUCACGAAACUGAGGACUGAAGCUGAAGCCUAUAGGAGGGAGAAAAAGAGGAACACAUUCUCAGGAAUACACAAAUACCUGGAGUUGUUGGAUGGUAAGGCUGAAUAUCCCUGCCUGAAGGAUAGUGAAGACAGAGUCAUCUCCUUCCCACCUAUUACCAACUCAGAUAUAACAAAGAUAUCUAAAACUACAGAGUCGAUCCUGAUUGAAGUAACUAGCAGCACAGACAUGCACAUCUGUAAGAAAGUCCUUGAUGAACUCCUCAAAGGAAUGCUAGAGAUGGGCUGUGGUAAUCCACCCAAAGAUGGAGCCACUGGUGCUACAGCACAAGAUGGCGACCAGGAAGUACCUAAACAACUCACUGUGGAGCAGGUCAGAGUGCUCGACACAGAGGGACAUUUGAAAGUUGUGUAUCCUUCUCGCACUGAUCUUAACUAUGGCUCUUUGCCUAUCAAUGUCAAGAGAGAGUAGGAAACUACCAUUUGCACCCUCAAACACAUCAGUAUGUGAAUUGGAGCCAGGAUUGGACAUUAGGUUGCAAUGUUGAAUAUAGAAAAAUGACAUGAUAACUGGUCAGUGAGUUAACACUGACAUGUAGAUCACGAAUCUUUGUGGCAGAACCCAAUUAGAGCAAGGUACAUGUUAGGUUAUCAAUUUGAAGAAUGCAUGGUGAGUGAUUGGAGGUUGAAU